AUGUCAGAAGCUGGUUCAAAUACGCCUCCCCCUGGAGCUCCAAAAAGAAAACCCGUGGAUCUUCCUUCGGAUUCCGGGGAGGAAGAAGGUAAUGACGAUGCCAAGCAAACUUUGUCCGUUUCCUCUGCUCCGACCCAGAGCCCAAUGACCACCGUCGGCGCCUUUUCUGCCAUCACCCAAAUGUCCGCUGUUAGCGCCGCCUUGAAUGAUCCUGACGAGGACAUGGAGAUGUAUGCAGGCCCGGGCAGAAGCAUCAGUGCAGCACGUUCCGCUCCAAGUCACCGCCAGGACGCUCAAUCGUCCAAGCUGACAAGUGCACGGAACGCCAGAGUCAGGAAGCAGGUCCUGGCACCAAGCAGUAGGACUGGGGCUCCGUCGAGGAGAGUCGUCAAGUCCACCCUUCCCAGGGCCAGCGGGUCCGCUGGCCGCCUAGUGCGGAAACGGGCGCCUCGGACCAAAGUACAAUAUCAUCCUAUUCUUCCAUCGCUAACCCGCGGUGCCGCCCUUCUACAGGUAUUCUACUCCAUAUCAAACAUUCACAUUCCUCCCCUUGCCCAAUCAAUUCACGACAAUCCAAAAAUACCUAAGAUUUCGUACCAUUCCCUGAUCCGUUUACAAUCCAUUGUCAGAACUCUCUCGAACCGGAACAAGAAAAAUCGCGAUAGGUCAAGAUCCGUCCGAUAA